UGUGACAACUGUUAUCUUGGAAUGGACAAGCAAGGCUUGGUUUGUUCAAACUGCGGUGGAACGAAUACAACGUUGUGGCGGAGAAAUGCUGAGGGAGAACCAGUUUGCAACGCUUGUGGGUUAUAUUACAAGCUUCAUAAUGUUCAACGGCCACCAACAAUGAAGAAGGACGGACAACUACAAACCAGGUACGGUUUGAUGAGUCUCACUACCCAAUGA